AAAAAAAAAAUUGAAAAAACAAAGAAAAGAAAAAAAGAAGAAUGCUGUUGGAUUCUCAUUCUCUCGAGAAGUCAGAGAGAGAGAGCAGAGGAGAGGAGAGAGAAAAUCCUCCAAGAAAUCGGGACGAUGGCGAUGGGAAUAUUGGCUUCCCCAACCGCCAUUAACUGCUCCGCCAAGACCUCCUUUCCCUCUUCUCUCAAUCUCAAGAAACCAAUCCCUUUUGCUUCUUCAUCUAGGGUUCCUCACUCCUCUGAUGACUUCUCUCUUCUUUCUCUCUCUAAAUCAGGAAUUUGCGGAGCUAGUCAAGUGGUUGACUUGUUUCCAACCGUGUCUCCCGAGAUUGUUGUCCGGGAGGCCAGGUUAGAGGACUGCUGGGAAGUGGCUGAGACGCAUUGUCGCUCCUUCUUCCCCGAAUAUUCUUUCCCUUUAGAUUUCAUGCUGAGGAUCGACAGGCUCAUGGGGAUGCUAGCCGGAUUUUCUCUACCUAAUGGUUGCAGGAGAACUUGCUUGGUUGCGGUGAUUGGUAGCUCGAUGGAUGAAACUUUCCUCCUUGGAACAGAAGAUUUGAGGAUCGGUGGUUUUAACGUUAAAAUCAGUCUCAAUAGGGGGUAUGUGGCUGGAAUUUUGACAGUUGAUACCGUGGCGGAUUUUCUCCCAAGAAAAGGACCCCUCAGGCAAAGAAGGACCGGAAUUGCAUACAUUUCAAAUGUUGCUGUUCGGGAAAAAUUUCGACGGAAAGGAAUAGCUAAAAGGCUCGUAGCAAAGGCAGAAGCUCAAGCCCGGAGCUGGGGCUGCCGUGCCAUUGCUUUGCACUGCGAUCUGAAGAAUCCUGCAGCCACAAAGCUGUAUAAGGGUCGGGGCUUCAAAUGUAUCAAGGUGCCAGAAGGAGCAAAUUGGCCCCAACCAAGAACUUCUCCGGAUGUUAAGUUCAAUUUCAUGAUGAAACUUCUUAAAACUCCUACCACUGCUAAAAACUUGGAUCUUCAGGAGCAUGUUCAUAUGAAAAACUAGGGAAAAAAACUCAAAAAAGAAAAAAGAAGAAAAAAAAGAGAGAGGGGGGGGGUAUUUAAGAUUAGCAUAUGUAUAUAUGUAUGCAAAAAGGGGCUUGCCACAAGUCUAGUGGCCAGUCUUCAUAACAACUUGGUCGUUUCUUUAAUAGACACCAAUUUUAUAAUUGCGCUAAGCUAAAUUUAGCUAGUGGGGCUGGACAUCCUUGCUUGUAAGGUUGUUUGCCAUGAUUAUUUAGUC